UGGGUUUCAUCUCUCUGUAGAAACAAUUGAAAUCUGGAGGCAUUUAAACGUGCCAACUCAGUGAGUCAAGUCAGUUUGGAGAGAGCGGUGAUGAAUGACGGUGGUGUUUACUGAGCUGGACCUGGGCCCUAACCUGAAGAGACAGAGUGAGAGCAGAGAGAUAUACAAACUGAAGGAGAGGGUGAGGGAGCGAGAGAGAGAUAAGCAGAGCGAGCAAGAGCAGUAGGAAAGAAAGAGAAAGAGAGCGUGCUUACUUUGUACAGAGCCGCGUGACAGGUGAGAGAUCAUACCGUGCUGCUCGCGCUGGGGUUCAUAAAGUGAGAGGGGGGCGAGGAGUUGUUCGUCGUGCGUGUUUUGGAGUCCUUAUUCCCGGUCGCUUGAUUUCAGUUUGCAGAUGCCGACAGAUGUGCCCGAAGACAGGCUCAACAUCGAGGAGACGACGGCCAAGUGUGACAGUAUGACUCUGUCCAGCACCCCGACUGUUCGUAGAGGAAGCACUCCUCUGCCUAUAAAGCAUCAGUUGAGAAGAGAAGAAGCCGUCCACGAUGACGCCGAUUGGACAUCAGGUGCAGCUGGACCAUCUGCUUCCCCAAUCAGCUUCAGCCUAGCUUUGGAUGACACUCCGACCGUAUCUGUGGAGGGCAGACCUGAUGGGCCUUUAAGGAUCGCCCUGCUGGGGCAGAACGGGGUGGGGAAGUCCUCUCUGUCUGUGGCCCUCUCUGGGGACAUGGACAGGACUGCGUCUGUGGACUGUGAAGGGGAGGGUUACGUGCGCACAGUCACUGUGGAUGAGGAGGAGAGCACCAUUAUUAUCUAUGACAACUGGAGACAGGACCUGUCGGCUCUACAGUGUGAGGUGUGUGUCCUGGUGUUUUCAGUGACUGACAGGCGUAGUUUCCACCGCACUGCUCAACUCCGACUUCUCCUGAGAGAGACACAGCCCCAAACCCCCAUCAUCCUCGUUGGUAAUAAAAGUGACCUCGUUCGCACACGUGAGGUACCCUCUCAAGAGGCCAUGUCCAGCGCCGCCCUCUUCAACUGUCUGUAUCUGGAGAUCUCUGCCUCUCUGGACCAUCGUACCCCGGAGCUCCUGGAGUGUGCGGUGAGGCUCGCCAGGGGCCAGUCUCCGUGGCCCCCCGGGACCACUGCGGAGGACAUGAUCGGCGAUGGCCAGCGUGAGAGCAUCACCUCCCGUGCCAAACGUUUCCUGUCCAGCCUGGUGCCCCGGUACCCACGAGAGCGAGACGUGGGCAAGUUCCUGAGACAGAAGUCCCGCUCGUGCCAUGACCUGGGGGCGCUGUGAUCGGGCGCCACAGGGAGUCAUAUUGUUAGAUUAGUUACAGAGGUAGCUGAAGGUGAUAAGUAAAGCAGAAGCUGUGUGAAAGUGCCCGAGUGAUGGCAGGACAAUGUUAUGAGUGAAAAUCGUGAGCAUCCAGAGGAAAAGAGGGAGAAAACAAUAAUGUUAGUGAUGAUGUUUAGCCGUAGGACAAUUAACACAUUUUGUACUCAAGACUAAGCAGCAUAGAGAAGAAGAUAACAUACUGUGGUAGAACACAUGUAAAUAAACUAUAGUAGUGAUACUUAAUGCCCACCUCAUAGCUUUGAGAGCGAAAUAAAUUGAUUUUCUGAGUCUUGAGAAAGUCGCUGCAUGGGUUCCGUUAUUAUAAUGGUCACAUAUUUAUUAUUAUGACAAUGAAGCAUUAAUCUCAUUUAACAACCGCUUAAACCCAGGUUAUGACCACACACUCAGAACUCAUUAGUGGGUGAGACUUUUCUGGUGAGUCAUGUUGUGUUGAUUUACACUGAGCUAUUGUGGUCUCCAUGGGGAUGGUAAGCAGUAAAAUAAUCAAAUGCCAGCGAAGAGAGAGAAAGGGAAUUAAACAGAUUUAAACUGGACUCACAGAGCUCAGCGUGGCAAUAAGAGAAGCAGCAAAAGAGAAAAACAGAUUAUUGUAUAUAGUGAUUGUUGCCAUGUUACGGUUGUCAAGGAGACAUUGAAUCACUGAGACAUACACAUUAUGUCCAUUUCAGCUCUUUUUCUUUCUCUCUAAUCCUUACACUGCAUAUAGACUGACAGAUAUGAAGGCUGAUUCCCAUGCAGUACAUUUUUAUUUUUAAACACAAAAUUCAACUCCAAAUUAAAAUGCAGAGGAUUUUGGUCAGAUAUCAGCUUCCCUACGAUCAUCUGUAUCUCACUCUACCCUCAGCACUUCCAUCCUCCCACUUACACCCACACGUGAACAAAGACUUAGCACACCAUAGGUCGUUAUACCCAUCAUUUGUUAUCAAAAGGCAGAGCUGUGCUAUAAUAGAAGUAAAAAAUAAAAUGGUGGCAUGAUA